AUGGAAGUUGAAGAAGAUUCCCAGCCUGGAAUUAUUGAACCACAUGAACCAAGUGACAGCACAUCUGCCGAAGAUGCCGACGUGGAAGACAGGUCGCUGACAUCUGGCAGCCACUCCCACAAGACUGACAGCAUACUACACACUCCAGUUAAUGGGUCCCACACUCAGGAUGAUGAAGAAUCCCUGCCUUCCCAUUAUAUACAGAGUGUAAACCUAAAUGAUUCAAUUUCUGGAGCUUUGAACGAAGUGAUGCAAAAUGAGGCAUUGACUGAGAAAUCAAUUAGUGCGAAUGCAGCCUUAAUUGGUCCACAGCCACUGUCUCAGUUCAUGCAGGAGGAAAACAGUCAAAGGGAGCCUUCAGAUAGUACAAAACUCGCGUCAGAGUAUGAAGAAUUCAUGAAGGCUGUCAGUUUCGAAGCCACUGGGGAUGACACCACGCAAGGUGAUGAGCAAGACAGUCCCAAAAAAAAGGAGUCUGAUAGCCCCAAAAAAAUUCAGCCAGAGUCUGACAGUCCCAUAAAAAUUCGGCUGGAGCCUGGGAGUACCAAAAAAAAAAAGCUGGGUCCUGACAGUCCUGAAAAAAUUCAGCCAGAUGCUCCCAGCCCAGAAAAAAUUUGCCCUUAUCCUGACAGUCCUGAUAAAAUUCGGCCAAUUAAUGACAGUCCCGAAAAAAUUCGACCAGAGCCUGACAGUCCUAAAACAGUUCGUCUGGUUCCUGACAGCUCUGAAAAAAUUCGACCAGAUCCUGGCAGGGUCGCCAUGUGA